AUGAAGAUGGAAUGUAUGUUCCUCUCAAACCAAGAAUUAGACAUACCCAUGGAACUCCAAAAAUGCUGUAUGUCCAUUGACCAUGCAUCUGAAAGUGUUAUUGAAAGACCAGUGGAACUAACGUGCCUGUCCAACGUCGUGAAUGGGACGGGAAUCAGUGACAAAAUCGCAUCAGGUCGUUUUGGUACAGUCUUCUUAGGAACUAUUACGGAUUCAAUGUUACAGGUUGCAAUCAAAGAGUAUCACGAAACAUUUCAUGAUGCCGUGCUAACUGCACACGAUGAAGGCUCCACUCUUCAGAAAAUAAUUUCUAUCGAGCAUCCGGCUAUUGUACAGACUUUCUCGGUUUCUCAUUUUCAAGAUAUAGUGUAUAAAGUAAUGGAGUUCCAUUCUUGGACUUUACACGACGACAUUUUGGACAAAGGCAAGUACGACGAGUCCCAGACUAAGCUUGUAUUGGUACAAGCCACAAGAGCUCUCGAAUAUUUGCAUGCACAAAAUCUUUGCCAUGGGACGCUUCAUACAAAGAAUAUUUUCUUGCAAGAAAAUAUGGUCAAAAUUUCGGAUAUUGAAAGCUCCCAAUUUUUGAACUGGCUCCCAUUCAGCCAAACACCACUGCACAUUCUUCCAUUUAUUGCUCCAGAAUUGCACAAUCAGUUAUCAGAAGUGACUUCUGAAUGCGAUUUAUGGAGUUUGGGUGUGUGCAUUUUUGUUAUGGCUACUGGAUCUUGUCCGUUCAUUUUGGAAAGCCGCAACACUAUGAUGGAAAGUAUUCAAGCUGGUAUCCUAGGUUCCCCCGUUCUUGCCAGUGACAAAAUUCAAUCGCUAGUGGAACAGCUGAUUCAUGUAAACCCAUCUGAACGCAUGUCACUUAAAUCUUUAAUUGAAGAUGAUUGGAUGACUUCUGACCUAGUUUGGAACUAUUUUAUUUCAUGUCAUGAAGAUCUCAUUAGAGAGUUGCCAGUAGUUGAUAGAUUCAUUCCGGCAGAGUCCCUGGAAAAGAGCACAGUUCAGAGAGACGGCUCAGAAAUCUCCAUCGAAACCUUAGAUGAGGGCUACAAAAGUGUAGCAUCAGAUCAUCCAGAAGAGCCAGCUGUCUCUGGAGAGCAACAAGUCUUGACUGAACCUGUGCCAAAAAAAUAUCACAAAAAGUUUGCAGUGUUUGCAAUGGAAAACGUCCGUAAGGAGUGGGACAAUGACAUCACUCGCAUUGAGAAAUGCAAACUGAGAGACGGAAGCAUGUGCUUGAGAAUCGUCAUUCCAGCAAAAGAUGAAAUUGCCUCUUCGUCAAUUUUCAAUCGCAUAAUAAAAAGCCGUUUGGGUCAGACGAUCAAGCGCUUCCGAUCACAUCAAGAUACUGUAGUUGAUUCGGAUUUUGGAGAUUACGCACUUAUGAACUUCCGCAGAGAAAACACCGAGAUUGAAGUUGCUCGAAACAUGCCAAAGUUCACGAACAAACAGCAAGUUCAGCUCUACUAUUGCAAAAAGGAAGCCGAACGUGUCUGGGAAAAUCUGGCGAUAAAAAUUUGCAUGCGAUGUCGAAGAGCUGGAACUGAUGCUUUGAAUCACGACGAGGAUAAGUGUCUUUAUAAGCUGAUUGCAGAAGCUGUGGAGAGUGAAGAAGUGAUUUAUUAUGGCGCAGAGGAUCAAUUCAAUCUCCGUUUCUUCUCUCUUGUCUACAGAAAUGACGGUGGACGUGCAUCCGCAAUGACUCGCUUCCGUAGAGGUUCAAUAAGAGUUCUAACCUCUGGAUACCGGAGAAUUGUGAAACGUUUUCGACGACAGUCAACUUCUGGAUCUGGUUCUUCUGGGUUGGGUUCGGACAAUUGAAAAUAAAAGUUUAGACGAGAUUUUUGUUUUCAUAAGUUCUAAUUUUGUUUCUAUGUAUCGCUUUGUAUGUAAAUGACAUUUUUUGCUCUGUUAAUAAGUUGAAAGCGUGCAACCUUUUCGAGUAAUUAAUUCAAUUCAAUGUUCAAAAGAAAAUCGAUUUCUAUUAUUCAAUUAAAAAAAAUUUCUACCCAUCUCAAUAUAUGCACAUUUUUCCAAUUUCUCAUGAUUAAUUGUAGCUAUUACUGCGUUGUACAACACAUUCCAAAAGUAAUAUUUUUUCGUAUCGUAUGCUGCAACCUCAUAUCCAUAUAUUCCAUCUCUCUUUUUUCUCUCUGUGAAUUGUAUAAAAAUAAAUAUUUGAAAAUUACAAUUUA